AUGGAUACCAUACAAGAUAUCACACAAGGGAUGCACGAAUUGAAUUUUGAAGCAACAGCGGCACACCCUUUUCCCGAGGAAAUCAUACAAGAGAUCCUCAUUAGGCUACCCGUUAAAUCUCUGAUCAAAUGCACCUCAGUGUGCAAGACAUGGAGGUCCAUGAUCAUAAACCAGACCCUUAUUCGCGCCCAUCUCAGUCCACAGAAUGACAUUGACAGUCACCUCCUCCUAGUCCACAGAUAUUCUGUUUCUUCUACGGAGGAGACCAUCUUCUUCAGAAACAUGGCCUUGUCCAAGUACGAGGUAAUAGAGGUUGUUACUGUGCAUUAUGAUAACCAGGCUUUUGACGAGUACAGCUCCAAGAUAGAAUUUCCAGUUGCUGUCCAGGAAAAAACGUGCGACUCAUGUAAUCGUGUGGCCGGCAUUUGUGACGGGCUAGUCUGCCUAGUGGAUGAUGCGGAUGAUAUUUUCGGUUACAAUUACAACUUGUUCAUAUGGAACCCAUCCAUUAGAAAGUUCGUGACCCUUCCCGAGCCUGGUGUUAAAUUAAAUACGCAUGGCGAGUACAGGGCUUCGAUUGGAUUUGGUUUUGAUGCGACGACCAAUGACUAUAAGACAAAUGAUUAUCAUCAUCCUUAUGAUUCUAUAUUGGCAUUUGACCUGGGCAAGGAGGUGUUCCAUGAGAUAUUUAUGCCCGAGGGUAUCGAAUGGAAUUGCGGGGUGUCAUCGCGUUUGUCUAUUUCAGGUGACAGAAAAUCUAUUGCUUUGUUCAAGGUGGAUAACAGGAAUGGAGAUUGUAUUCUUGAUAUAUGGGUGAUGAAAGAGUAUGGCAGAACGGAGUCAUGGACGAAAUUGAUGACUCUCGGUCGACAAGGUCCAGAAAGACUUUUACCCAGGGAUCCCUUAUGUUUUAGGAAGAGUGGGGAACUUGUGUUGCUUCUCACUCACACUGACGACAAAUCAAGGAAUGAACUAGUAUCACUAAACCUUGCGAGCAAACAGGUUAAAAAUUUGGGGAUUGAUGGAUAUCGAUGCUGCGACGUUGCCAUUAGAAAGUUAGUGACCCUUCCCAAGCCUAGUGUUAGAUUGAAAACGCACCGCGAAUACGAUGCUUCGAUUGGAUUCGGUUUUGAUGCUAGGACCAAUGACUAUAAGGUUGUGCGAGUUGUCUCAUUACCGGAAGAACCUGGGACACCAACUCUAGCUGAGGUUUAUUCCCUAGCCACCGGCACAUGGAGCAGUCUUGGUCGUGUUUCUCCUUCAUGUCUAGUGACUGCAAGAGCUACAUCCAAUGUUUUCCUUAAUGGGGUUCUUCAUUGGCCAGUAGACUGUAGGACAAAUAGUGGUGAUCUUUGCUCUUUUAUAUUGGCAUUUGACCUGGGCAAGGAGGUGUUCAGUAAGAUAUUUAUGCCCAAGGUUAUCCAACGGAAUUUCGGGUGUGAUGAAGAUUGUUUUCUUGACAUAUGGGUGAUGAAAGAGUAUGGCAGAAAGGAGUCAUGGACCAGAUUGAUCACUCUCGGUCCACAAGGUCCAGAAAGAUUUUUACCCACGGGGCCCAUAUGUUUUAGGAAGAGUGGGGAAGUUCUGUUGCUCGUCACUAGUGGCACUGACAAAUCAAGGAAGGAACUAGCAUCACUGGACCUUGUGAGCAAACAGUUGAAAAAACUUGGGAUUUCUGGAUAUCAAUCUAGCGAUGGUGAUUUUUAUAAAGAGAGCCUCCUCUUACUUGACAAGACCGAUGCAGAGUCUUACUAAUAGAAAUAUGGAA